AAUUCCACCUGAUAUCACACUCCCGACACGCCUCGCCAAUUAACAGCUUUCUGCAAUGUUGUCCUCAUCCGUCGUCUUAUUGUCUCUGGUGGCUGCCACCUUCGCCGGCGUGCCAUGGAUUCCAGAGCCUCGUGACCAAGCUUGGCUAGACCGUCAUGAUGGCUUUGUCGAAAACAGUUUGAACAACGGAGCGAACAUUAAUGUCCUUUUCUACGGAGACUCCAUCACCGACGCGUGGAGAAGUACCGGUUUACCAACGUGGAACACGGCGUAUGCACCCUUGGGGGCGGCAAACUACGGAAUUGGGGGCGACCGAACGGAACACGUUCUUUGGCGAAUUCUCAAUGGAGAAAUCCAAAAUUUAAAUCCUAAGUUGAUCGUGCUGAAAAUUGGAACCAACAAUUAUGGCGCUAACACGAACGAAGAUAUUGCACGAGGCGUUUCCGCAAUUAUUGACACCCUCCGAUCCAACCUUCCAAACACGAAAAUUCUUCUCUUGGGCAUUUUACCAAGAAUCAACGCAGAACAGACCGCAAGAGUGGAAGUUAUCAACUCUAUGAUCUCGAUUUGGGAUAAUGGAAACAGUAUUCGAUACUUGAACAUGAUCGACACCUUUUACAGCGGCGAUGGAGGAUUUAACAUUAAUUACUACAACCCAGACUUGGUACACUUGUUGGCCCCGGGUUAUGCGGCGUGGCAACGGGCAAUGGACCCACUCUUCCAAGAAAUGUGGAAUGCUACCCUUAUUGCUUAAUUUGACAUGAAAUUACGAGUAUUAAAUAAAUUUGAGAAUGUUGGAAAGAAAAUGA